AUGGAGCAGUUAAAAAGUUCUCUUUAUUGAAGAAAAACUAAUAUUUUAUCAGUUGAAAAGUUUAGUCGGAGAAUGAAUAAACAUUUGCAAGUUGUGAAAACGAUCGAUCCAUGCGCCAGACUGCAUCAGCCAACAAGCAAUUUCCUACCAAACAUCCGUUGAAUAAGUCAGAACCACUUUAAUUUACCAGCCACGUUUAAAGACCUUAAUCAAGCUACAUUAAACCUGCUUCCCACUCUUCAUCCUCACCAAGAAAAACAGAGUUGAAAACAACAAAAAAUUAGAAAAAGAAAAAAAUGGGGUGGCAAUGGAAGGAAGAACACCUGGAUCUGAUCCUGGUGCCAUUAGGGUUCUUGAUCAUGUGCAUCUAUCAUCUCUUCCUUCUCUACAGAUACCUCACGUGUCCCCAUCUCACUGCGAUCGGCUAUGAGAAUCAUAACAAGAAGGCCUGGGUCGAAAAAAUGCUUCUGCUUGAUAGCAAAGAUAGAGGAUUUGCUGUAGCUGUUCUCAACGGCCAUUUAUCAGCCUCAACUUCCCUAAGCUCAAUCUCUCUAGUCCUAUGUUCUCUAAUCGGAGCUUUACUCGGAAACUCAUCUAACUUUCUCACAGGCAGCUUCAUCUUAGGGGACUCUAGUCGAUCCACCAGCACCAUCAAGUACAUAGCCAUCUUAUCUUGCUUUUUACUGGCCUUUGCUUGUUUUGUACAAACCACAAGACACUUUGUUCAUGGGUGUUUCCUCAUAAGCAUGCCCACUGGAGAUGUUCCGGUGGAUUGCAUCCAAAAGGCUGUGUUGAGAGGUAGUAACUUCUGGGCUAUCGGAUUGCGAGCACUCUACUUUGCGACCACUUUGCUUCUGUGGAUAUUUGGUCCGAUUCCGAUGUUUGUUGGUUCAGUAGCUACAGUGGUGAUUUUGUAUUUUCUGGAUAUUAAUAAAGCUCCCAUGAUUCAGUAUGGGCAUAGUAAGAAUGGUAUUGGUGGUGGAUUGUUUAAGAAGAUUGAGCAUGAACUGGUUGAAGUUUUUGAACACGAUCGAAGGCAAUAGAGAAAGAUCUUGAUAAGAAAUCUGGUUUUUACUGAGGAUGGUUAAUUUUUGUAGCGUAAGUUAUUGUUUUCGUUCAUAUGGUUUGUCGUAAAUCUCUUUUUCUAAAGAAGUUUGGAAACUGAAACCUAGAAUAAUUUACUUUUCUUUUAUAUGUUUGUAUAUAAAUUUAAUUAUAUUAUAUUCUUAUUUUCUUUUCAAUUA